AUUAAUUAUUAAUUUUUGAGACAAACAUUUUCUAGAUGGAAUCAUUAUGUUUCUUUCUCCACCUUAUUAGCUGCGCUCAGCUCUAGUUUUAAAUUUCUUUUGCUCUGCAUCUUAAUUUCUCCAUCAUCAGAGACCAAUGACUUCAUAUCCUCCACCAGGGUAUGGUGUACCACCACAAGGUGGGCACUAUCCUCCACCACCAGGACCCCCUAAUUAUCAAGGUUAUUUUAAUAAUGAUCAGUAUGCUCCACCACCACCACCUCCUCAACAUAUUUACCAUAACCACCACCAUGAUGGUCACUACCACCAAAAUAGUGGUUGUCCCUCAUUCCUCAAAGGCUGUUUGGCCGCUCUUUGUUGUUGCUGUAUUUUGGAAGAGUGCUGCUGCUGCUGCUUCUAAUUUAUUAUUUAUUUACUUUAUUUUGCACACUUUAAGAUGGUUAUAAUAAAUAAAAUAAUGUUCCUAUAUAUUACUUUGAAGUGCAAACUCUGUGUGAGGAUUUUCUUGCUUUAAUUAUGUACUAUUUUUAAUUGGAGGCAAGUUUGUGUAUAAUGGAAGGACAAAUGCCAGCUAGUUAUAUUAUGCAUGAUUGCUUCAA